AUGAGAAACAACGACCUCGUUCCACCUCCAAGGACAACCCCCGUGGAAGCUAAGAAUCGAGAGCUCGACCUCUCAGCAUAUUUCCUCGUAAGGCGAGCAUCCACCGAGUCUGAUGCAGUAUCGCCCAAAUUUGGGGGUUCUAGAGCUCCAUCGUAUCGAAAAUCGCCAAAAUCGCCAAAAUCAAAGUCGCAGAAGUCAGGCUGCUCAAGUCAUGGGCCUCGUACGAAGAGAAACUCCAUCAGUUCGGCACAAUCCAUUAUCGCAAAGAACCAAGCCAUUCGAGACUGGAACGACAAGAGCAUAGGGGUGACCAGCCCAUCGUCUGCAGGCUGCUUAUCGAGCCAUUCCGUAGAUCCACCUCGUCCACCAAGAGCAGGCUGUGAGUGGGUAUGGUUCCCGGAAGGUUAUUGGGCGGAGCGUGAGGUCACUCUUCCAAGGAAGGCCGGAUCGCGACAGAAAUGGUGGAGUCGGUCUCCUGAACGGAAGAGCAAGAGUUCGACGACGACACAGCCCAGCGAAAGAGCCCACCCUUCAACCGAGCUGCCAACAAUCAAAAUUGGGAGUCUAAUGUCGAGAAAGUCGUCAACGACAAAGAGCCCAAAGGUCGAGCAUUCGUCUUCGACGUCCCGGAAAAGUAGCGGUAUUCGUAUACAAAGCAUCAGACACCAAUUUAAUGUUCAGUCGAAGAAACCCGUGCCGGCAUAUUAUGGCAUUCCUCCAGAUGAGCACUUGGGCCUGUAUUGCAGAGCGAAAAAAACAGUUCGGUCAAGGUUUAUGCAAAAGGCAACUACUGUUGAUGACUCGGGUAUCGUCGACGUGAACAGGAUAACCUCGCGGACAACAAUGCUACUGCAAGGGACUUCUCAAUACCUGGACCGAGCAGAGCAAGAAAGCUGCCAAGCUUCAAAACCAUGCCUGCCUCCAGAGGCUCCGCAAACGCCAGGUUCGUCCAGUCUCAGAUCAUUUCGGCGAUUUGGUCUGGCACCAUGGCACCGUAAAACCUCCCACGAGUCCAUUCUGUCUGCUUCAAGUUCUGUCUUCAAGUUGCUACUUGGCAAAGCUCCUGCAGUAACACCGAAUCCUGACUAUCAAUACGAAGGAACAGAUGGGAAAACGUACCUAAAAGUGGACAUAGCAAGCCCCGAUCCAAUAGAGCCCACAUUCCUCCCAUCUGAAGCAAAACGUGUCAACACACCACCAAUGUUUCCUGGUACCCCAGACCUCCAGCCCCGUGGCUUUUUCUUUGAUUUGAAACCGCGGGGAGAAGGCAGUAUAAGUACAAGCCCAGUAUCGAGCAGCAGCAACGCUGCAGCGAAGAACCGAUCGAACGGUACCUCGCCAAGCAUUGAGUGGUGGGAAGCCGACACUCAACAUGCAAGCACGGGCAAUAAAUCGGCGCGCCUUCUCAACAUAGAAAUAGAUGCACCUAUGAACCAAUCACCCCGGGCCUCUUUCGAGCUGAAUCUACCAGAACACCUCCCAAAUAGCCCUCUCUGCCCAAAAAACCCUAUGAAUGAGAGUGGAGGAACCGUUAUAUGUCCGUACCAUGGGCGCAAGAGGAGAAACCACUUGAUGAAUAUCAACCAGUCAGAGUUGGAGUCGCAGGACAGCAGCACCACUCCAAGUGGAAAAACCUCGACAAGGAACAUCAUUGGCUAG